CCAAAGCCAAAAUUGGGCAGCAAUGGAUAUUCUCUUGCUCUCCAUUUUUCUCUCCCUUCUCCUUGCCUUCCUCCUCUUUCGACCUCAUCGUCGGAACAACCUCCCACCGAGCCCGCUUUUUUCUCUUCCGAUAAUCGGCCAUCUCCAUCUCGUCAAACACUCCGUACACCGAACACUUCACAACCUCUCCCACAACUAUGGCCGUGUCUUCUCCCUCCGAUUCGGUUCACGUCUCGUCGUAGUUGUAUCAUCUCCUUCUGUCGUGCAAGAAUGCUUUACGAAGAACGAUAUCAUUCUCGCAAAUCGGCCGCUAUUGGACACUGCAAAACACUUAGCCUACAACCAGACCACCAUGGCAGUUGCCCCUUACGGUGACCAUUGGCGACACCUUCGCCGCAUCGGCGCCCUUGAGAUCUUUUCAACAACUCGAAUGAAUCUGUUCUUGGGGAUUCGAGAAGGUGAAGUUAAACGUUUGAUGCGUAAAUUAUGCGGCAGUUCGUUUGUAGAAUUCACGGUGGUGGAGCCGGGGUCGAUGAUUUUGGAUCUUAUGUUCAAUAUCAUUAUGAGAAUCGUGGCUGGGAAGAAGUAUUAUGAUGACGACAUGUCGAAUGAUGGAAAAUCGAGGAAAUUUAGAGAGGCGGUGAAAGAAACUAUGGCGCAUGGUGGGGCAACGAAUCCAGGAGACUUCAUACCUAUAUGGAAUUGGAUUGAUCCUACUGGUUUGGAAAAGAAGAUGAUGAAGCUUGGACACACAAUGGAUGAACUUCUUCAAGAACUUCUUGAUGAGAUAAGGAAUCAGAAAAAUGAAGGCAAUACUAUGAUUGAGCAUUUACUUUGCUUGCAAAAAUCUGAGCCUGAAAAUCAUAGUGACCUAAUUAUCAAAGGCCUCGUACAUGUCAUAUUAAUAGCAGGAAUUGAUACGAUUGGAGUGACGUUAGAAUGGGCGCUCUCCCAUCUACUCAACAAUCCGGAGGUGUUAGAGAAAGCAAAAGCCGAGAUAGAUAAUUCCAUUGGACAAGAGCGUAUGGUCAAUGAAGCUGAUUUGUCAAGUUUAAGUUAUGUGCAAGGAAUAAUUUUUGAGACUCUACGACUAACCCCAGCAGCUCCUUUGCUUGUGGCGCAUUGCCCAUCUGAAGAUUGUAAAAUAGGAGGGUAUGAUAUACCACGGGAUGCAAUUGUAUUGAUUAAUGCUUGGGCUAUUCAUAGAGAUCCUGAACUAUGGGAAGAUGCCACCAGCUUUAGGCCUGAAAGGCAUACAAAUGCAAUUGGAGUUGACUCAUACAAAUUAUUACCAUUUGGUUUGGGGAGGAGAGCCUGCCCUGGAAUGGGAAUGGCUCAACGUGUAGUUGGCUUGACUUUGGCAUCGUUGAUUCAAUGCUUUGAGUGGAAAAGAGCGAGUAGCUUAUUGGUUGACAUGACUGAAGGUGGAGGACUCACUAUGCCCAAAGCUCAACCAUUGGUAGCCAAGUGUAGACCACGUCCAAUCAUGAGAGCUAUUCUCAAUGAAAUGUAGUUGAGCACAAUAUUUAAAAUGGGCCUCUCAAGUAGCAAAAGAAUGUAGGAUAUAUAUCACUUUAUGAGAUGGUUUAGGAUGGUCAAUUUCAUAAUCUGAAGCAUGUUAUGAAUUUUUUGAAGGUGAAGUGUUAUGUGUUUUGAUUCAUAAGGGUGAGAUUGAACAUGUAUAAUUUAAUAUGCAUAUUAUUUUUGAGGCAUAAUGA